AUGACAGAAUAUUGUGAUCAAAUUGUGACAUCUUAAAUCAUCAGUGAUGUAAUAAAAAGAGCACCGAUACUGGAGACAAAAUCGAUUUCCUACAAAGUAUAAUUCAAAAGUACUGACACUGAACCUCAUUUAGCCUGGGAAACAGUUAAAUACACAUUCGAAAUUAUCAAAACAGAUUUGAUCCAUGGUAUAGAAGAAAACCAUUUAUUUACAAGAAGAUAUUCACAUUUUGAAUGGCUAUAAAAUGAGUUAGAAACUAAACACAUCGGAAGAAUACUACCCAGUUUACCUGAAAAAACACAAAAUUAUGAUAAAGAUAAAAGAAAAUAUGAAUUUUUAUAUUACAUGUAAAAGUUAUUAGAUCAUAAAUUAUUAAGAAAUUCAGAUGUUUUAUAGAAAUUCAUUAGCAAAGAAUUCAAGGAUUUCAAUGAUUUUUAAGAAUACAUUAAUAAACUUAGAGAUUAAAAUACAUUAAUUAAUAGAAUAAUGAACACUGGAGUUUCUUUCGUUUCACUAUUUUCAAAAUGUGUGAGUUUUGGAUCUUCUACAAUCUUACCGAGAGUACCUGAUAAAUAGGACUUAGAUUUCGAUGAAAUUUCGAAAGAAAUUUAAUUAAGCAAAUAAUAGACUGAAAUCAUAUAUUCAGAUUUGUAAAAAAUAGUUUAAAAAUUAUAAAUUCAAUCAAAAUCACUGAUAAUCAGUCAAGAAAUUUUCAGUAAGGCAAUUCAAUAUAUUUUAGUAAUUGAAUGUUAAUAAAAUGAUGAAUUCAUGAAAUUAAAAAGGAUAACAAAAAUAUAUGAAAAUUUCUAAAUGCACCUAAAAGAGACAUUCAUUUAUCGACUUGAAACCUGUAUUAGAGAUUACGUUUAGGCUUUGAAAAUUAUUAACGAGUAUAGAGAAUUAAAGGAUCAAAUUUACAAAGAUUCUUAAUAAAUUAAUAACAUUAAUAUUGGGAAAUCAAAGUUGGAGGAGCUUAAAUAUACUUUAAGCAAUAAUAAAUAAAAGGUCGAAUAGAUAUACACCAACUUUUUAGAUGAUCUUCCAAUGUUCAAAUAAACUUCGUAAUUGCAUUUGAAAGAUAUCUAAUCUAAUUUUCAUUCAGAACUUUCAGCAUUCUAUUUUACACUAAAAAACUUAAAAUAAUUAUGA